AUGGAUUUUGAUGCGGCGUAUCGGUUGAGGCUGUUUUCGGGCCGUUCGUGGAUUGACGUUCAGUCUACGUUAUUGGCUGACGGUCUGCUACUGAUUCCUCUGCAGAACAAAAACGAGUUUUUGGAGUUUUGGAAUCGGAAUUUGUCUAAACACAGAGUUGACAAUGAAGAAUCGCAGUUUGUUAACAUAAUCAGAGAGGAAACCUGCGGCCUUGGCGUGAGCAUAAAAGGUGGAAGAGAAUUUGGUACGCCAAUAAUCAUCAGCAAGGUUUUCAAGGGUAUGGCUGCAGACCAGAGUAAACAGCUCAAAGUGGGUGACGUUAUUCUUGCGGUUAACGGUGAAAAUAUGCGUACGGCAUCUCACAAUGAGGCAGUUAAGGCCUUGAAAAAGGCGGGUUCCAAUAUUUGUCUGGAGAUAAAGCCAUUGCGGCGAUCUGCGUCAUUCAUUCUCAAACUUCACUCAAAAUGGUUGCCUUCACCGCUUGGUUCCACUUCUCCUAAUACAACAAUGACAAGCAUUUCAUCGACUUCCGCCCCUUCGCAAAAGCGCGUCCAAAUUCCUCUCUGCCUCGCCUACGUCGCGCGCAGGCGACAUCGCCAGGGCUCGGAAGAGGGAUGCUUAUUUAGUGGUGAAGCGCCCUUCUGUUGCAUCGAAAUCUAUUCACCCGACCUUACUCAGUCCUGUCUCUUUUGUGCUGGUUCGCAUCAACUCGCCAGUGUUUGGUUCAAAUCUCUCAAUCGACACAUCUCCAUUCUCAAUCAGCUUCACCUCCAGCAGAUUAUGCGAGCUUUUCCUCACUAUCAGUUUCGAAAAAUCGGAUGGGUCCUCGAACUGGAUAAGUUAAUUGACGAUGACAGCGACUCCUGCUUGACAGAUAUCGACAAUCCCUUCCAGAUAUCUUCUGCUUGUGCUUCCUCCGAAAUCACAUGGCAGCCAGUCUUUCUGGUUGUCACAGAUCGUCUUCUGCUGGUAUUUUCUCAAGCCCCCCAGUCCCCGUCUGAAUGGUCUCUUCCCUCGGUUUCAGUGGCCCUCGUCGCCACUCGCGUUGUUGUCAGGCCCCCGUCGUCUGCUAACAGAGAAGAUUCCGCCUCUCAGAGUCAAAUGCCGCAUGCUGAGCAAACGUCAUUUUGCUUCACUGUCCGGACGGGUAAACGAUGUGGCGUGGAGUCACACACAUUUGCCGCACCAACGAGCAAUGAAUUGGAAAGUUGGUUGGAAGCUGUGACACAGAGCACAGAUAAGGCUCUGGAGGCGAUGCCGCAGCUGACUAUCACAUGUCGAUGGAGGGGUCUCGACGCUCUUCUAGUGCUCCACCGUUUUGUUGGAAUCUGUCUUCUUCGUGCAGAUGCCUCCGCCACGUCACAAAUUCCUCCGUUUCUUUGGCACUUUCCUUUCGAGGAUGUCUCCUCCACUGCAGAUGACGGCAGAUGUCGAUUGUGGAUAACCUUUAAUCAGGAUUUGGUUCAGGAGUUGGAAUUGCCAGGAGGUGCAAAACCCGUUGUUUUCAUUCUUCUCAACAUUCUCUCUAUGAAGUUGCUGGAUGCAGGCAAUUGUGGAUAA